AUGACUCACUACGGCAUGCCAUACUUGCUGGAGGACAAGACGGGGGAGCUCAGUGGAUCGGAUUUUAACGACCUGAAUGAUCGUAUGUGUCUCAGGUUGCGUUGUACGGCCCGAGAGUCCACCCAUACCGCAUACAUGAUAUUUGACAUAACACAUCACUCCGAUGGAUUACAGAAGCCCCUAGCAGCCCUUGAUUUUGGUCCGAAUGAAUCCUUAGGGACAAUAUCAUAUAGCUCGGGGAGUCAGAUUCCAAUGAAAGACUAUCUCAUGAAGUUGUCUACGUUUGGAAGCUCGAAGGCAAGGAAGUUUGUUGGUUCUGACGGACAGGAGUAUCGAUGGAACUGGCGGAUUACGAAAGAUCAAGAGUGGACAUGCACCAAUUCUAGUGGAUAUACCGUGGCAGACUACUCUCUCAAACUUCCGGGAGAACCGGAAUACGUCAGUUCCUCGGGAUGCAUGUUCACUAUUGAUGAAGCCUUUCCGCACCUGGCAGCUGAAUUCCUGGCUUCUUUAACCAUUAUGCGGCAUAUUGUAGCCCACAGCUUGUAAUAUUCCUGGAAUCCUCUGUCAAAUGGGGAGCUACUAUCUGGCUCUCCGUUGUAUUUGUUUUACUGUGACGAGUAUCAUGUUGUGUAUUAGUAUUCUUAGCCUUGCAUCUGUAUUCUUUGUACUACCCCUAGCAAAUACGCCUAUUCAAUA